AUGAAGCAUGCAGCCUCGUCUGCAGGGCCGAAGGAGAAGAAACCGCGGCUCUCGAAACUUGCGAAAGAGAAUAAUAUCACCAGUGAAGAAGAAGCAGAGAUCAGAGAAGCUUUUCAUCUAUUCGCGGUAACCGAUAACGAGGAGUAUGCUUCGGAGAAAGAGGGCGUUAUUGCGACCCGGGAUUCACUGAUAUGCCUUGGAUGCCACAGAGCCUUGGGCCUCGCGCCAACAGACAACGCCGAGUUGAGAUCUAUUAUCUCUGCUGUAGAUCCGGCGGGCGAAGGGUUCGUGAUAUACGAGCAUUUCCUGUCCGUGGCGGCGCUGAAACUACAUAAUCGGAGCGAAGACUCGAUAUCCGCCGAGGUUGAGCAUGCGUAUAGCCUGUUUACGCAUGGGACGGAGGGGCCUAUACUUAUGUCUCAUCUAAGGGCUGUUGCAAAGAGUUUGAAGGAGGACGUGAGUGAGGAGUUGAUGAAGGAUAUGAUUCGAGAAGCCAAUGGAGGGGAUGGGAUACAGUCGGGUGUCACCAUCGAACAGUUCAAGGAUGUCAUGAAGAGGGCCGGCGUGUUCUGA